AUGCGGAGUGGACAUGGAGAAUUUGUGGGAACUGACGUGCCUGUGUUCCAGGGUGAGGAGUUGAGUGAAGCGAGUGUACGACUUAGUCUGCUUGAGAAGAAACUGGACUGUUCCUCGAAAGAGGCUGAUGAUCGAGUGGAGAAAAUUCAGACAAAACUGGAAGAGACACAGGCUCUGCUCAAAAAGAAGGAGAAGGAGUUCGAUGAAACGAUGGAUGCUCUGCAGGCUGACAUUGACCAGCUGGAAUCUGAGAAGAUGGAAUUGAAGCAACGGCUCAGUAGCCAGUCAAAACGUACAAUUGAGGGACUGAGAGGAUCACCAGGCUCUGGCAUUGCCUCCAUAGUAACAGGUACAGGUGCAGUCCAGGUGGCAGGCGGCCCUGGUCCAGUUCAGAUCAAGGAUUCACCUUUACUCCUGCAGCACAUCGAUGCACUCCGACUCUCUGUCAAGCAACUGAAGAAUGAGAACAACCAGUUAAAGGUAUUGGGCAAAUUUUGAUCCCAGGAUUGGGUGUGUUGGGCAACACUACAACGGAGACAUGUUUUAUGUCCAUGGCUUUUGGUCAUGAUUGACAAGGCCAGUUUCCAUUGGCCAUCCAUGUUUCAAUGGAUUGGAGGGCAGCUAAUGUUUCUGAUUUCCAGCAUCCACGGUUCUUUCAGGGGUUGUAUUGUUUAGUGUUUUACCAAAUUGGUCUGGGAUGGCAGAACUGAUGUAUGAGAGACGAUUGAGUUGAUCAAGAUUGUACUCACUGGAGUUUAAAAGAAUCAGGGAGGAUCUCAUAGAAACCUCUAAAAUUCUAAGAGGACUAGACAGGUUAGAUUCUGGAAGGAUAUUUCUGAUACUGGGGGAGUCCAGAACCAGCAAAAGUCUUCAGU